UGUGCUAUCCAUGUUGUUUUUCGUAGCCUAGAUCUCGUCGUAUGGAAUAAACUCCAAUUUAGCGACUAACAGCAGCAGGCAGAUGAGUUCUGUGAUGAAUAGGAUUAUACCUCUUCUAAUUCAACGGCGUUCGAAAACUCCUCUAUUAUCAACAACAUCGUAACAAAAGUAAACUGAAUUUGAUGUUCUCCUUACCCAGUCCGUCUGCUGAUGUGGGUAGUUUUCCCGCCUGACCUCUUUUCGUCCAGCGUGCAUCAGCCAUUUUGCACGAAGUGCCGCUAAAGACGAAUGGCGUUGUUUGCUUUAAUCGUACCACACAAGUGUUUCGUAGCUGCGAUACAUUACUACCAGUCUUUUUCGUGCUUCUGUUCGUCUCCUCGUCGCUGGAGUUACUGUGUCUCAGGACAGAGGGCAGGCACAGCUAAGCUGUGUCCGUCAACCUUACCAGUGAGAAAGACACGUCUUGCCGGGUGUUGAUAGUUGUUCCAAUUUGUCGUUAUGCAACCGCAACAGCAGCACGGACAACAGCAGCAACAAUUGCCGCCGGUGACUCGUCAACAUGAUCAAUCCGGAGGAAUUAUGGACCUUGGCCGCUCAGAGGCGUGGGCCCGCCCUUUCAAAUGCGCGAUCUGCGGGCGUCGAGCAGCUGAUAAGUUCACGAUUGAGCACCACGUACAAUUUGAGCACGGAGCACGCGAUCGAUUUAUUUCGGCUUCGAUGACGGCACAUCAAUUACGGCUUCCGGGUGCUACGCAAGCGGGUUCCCAGUCGUAUGGGCCCCCGUUUAGAGGCCCCGAGGAUGGGAUUCAGCCGCGAAUGUACGCUUCGCCCUCGUCUGUGCUAAAUCCGCCGCGCUACGUUCAGCAGGCAUUGAGAAGUGCUUCCGGGGAGCUUCUCGGCUGGAAAACUGUCAUCGAUCCUGGAUUCUCCGAGCGAUAUGCUUCCAGCCGCCCGCUUGGGCUUCGUAGCUCGAUUAGGCGUGGUUCCAGCACGAUUACAACUGCCGGCAAACAACACCUGUGGACUGAACCCUUCUGUGCACAGCAGACUACGUCAGCUGGAACGCUAGAUCACCUGAGCAUGGCUGGAUCGAGCGUGGAAAUAGAUCAACGUCACUACCAGACUGAAUUGGCUUCCGUUGAACGUGGCCAGUCGUACAUGACAUCUGGAGCAUCAGCUUCAGGCCAAAUAUAUCCUCACGGAAUAGUGGGUCCCGCUGCAGACCUUCAGCGCUCACUGCAAAUAGCUCGACCAUCACUUGAUGCUCAGCGGCAGUCUCACCCAAUGCCUGCACCAUUGUUGAGUGGUUCACGCUACGUGCAGAUUCCUGGAGCGGGAUCUCCGGCGGAAGAUCAUCUUCAAGGACAAUUAGCAGGACUAUCGGGAUACAGUCCGUAUCACGCACAAUUGUCACAAAUAUCUGUAACCUCGGGAUCGAUAAAUGGAGUACUCGACGCAAAAGCGUCUUCACGGCCCGCUGAAAAUUCGUCCUGCCAAUCACAGGCAACCAGAGGGACAUCAGAAAGCGUACAACGUCAUCUCCAAGUUGCUGCAUCACAAGUUGAUCCAUCUCAACGAAAUUCAUGGCUGUACACGGCAUCUGCCUCCGCCUUUAAUCAACGUGUUCAUCCAUAUACCCCCGGCCACCCAGUAGACUCUGCACCAAUGUCCAGCGAACCCUCAACUCGAUUACCCAUGUCGCUGUCCGAUAAUCCGUUGACGCCAGGGGCUCAACCGAUAGUCACGCAACUGUACCCGUCAAACAAGAGCGGACAACUUGAUGAACAGACUGACGGAAGCUGCUCCUCUAGCCAGUCAAAACAUCGCAAUACGACUUCUGCGCAAGCUUCGUAUCUAGAUAGUCGGCGAGGAUAUCUGCCAAGUGGGUCAUAUUCAAGUAGCCAAUACUAUCAUUCGACUGAGGCUCUUCCAGAGCAAUUCCGCCCUCAACCGGACAGUUUACUUGCUUCUUCAGAAGGCGAUCGGGCUAAGCAAAGUUCGUCCAGCUUCACGGAGCUGGGAUCAUAUGCUACUGGACCGAGACCCAUAGCAUCCCAGGAUCACUUCCCUGACAAUCAAGGAAACGCAUCAACAGCGCCAAGCGGCCAACCGCAGGUUUCUCUUUAUGAAGGGAAUAAACAUCUUGAACAAAUAUCGCACCCACUUCCGGGUUCGUCUGGACAGAAAAAACGAGAUAGUCAUAUAGUCGACCAAUGCAUAGACAAUUCUCGACACGAAUUCGCAAACUCAGUUUCAUUUCAACCAAACUACACAGCGCACGGUACUGGUACAGGACAUGAAGCUCAUACUCAACAAGGGCCUGCCACUACCGGAGACCAAGCCCGCUACCACGACACAGGUGUAUUUACUAACACUGAGCGUGGCGGGCUAUAUCCCGAUGAGCAAUUACAGAUGUCAGUUAAUAAUAAAAUAGAAACUGUAUCGGAAAAACGUGAAAUUUCGGAGGAAUUUGAAUCAGGCGUUUUUAAGCGUCGUGAAACAAUGAAUCACCGCGAGGCCAAUCGGGGGGAGGACAAGGAAAAUCAGGAAGACACGCCCUCAGAAUCGCAAGAGGGCGAAUCAGACGAAACCGUGCAGUCCAUGGUAAAUAGCAACCGUUGCCGACGAUGUGGUUGUGCUGUUCGUGGCCAGUGUGAUAACCCCAGUUCAUUGAUUGAACCGGACAAGAUAAUAAUUAUCACGAACUCCAGCUCCGCGUCGACUAGUCAAAUGACGAUUACUGAUGGCGAUGGGGUACAGGACGAUGCCUCCGAAUCCGCACCCGAAGUCGUGUUACCAGAUGCGUGCUAUGACCAGCCUACCGGCGGAGAAAACCAGACAGAGUGCGCUGAUGAUCACAGCACCAUUGGCCGGACCGAUUCAGAGGACUUCAGUCGUCUAGUUAAAAAAAAUGAGGAAGAUCCUCCCUUAGUUAACGGAGUCGCCGAUGAGGCUCGUCUUCUGCCGACUAUUGAUGACCCCGAACACAUAGAACCCGACCAGGAGGCACCUAUGCCAAUUCAACCUAACUUACAGACACAGUCAGAAGCUAAGGAUUGUGACCUUGCCUAAUAACGUGGGUUCUAUUUUUGACCUGAUUGCUUUUGUCACAGAGUAUAGGCAGAACCAUAACCCUUACCUAAUUUAAAUACUGGAUAGAUUUAUGGUACGGAAACAUCUAAGCGUAGUAGUUAACGUUGAGUAUUCUAUGAUGGUUUUGUUAAAAAGUAUAGGUGUUCCUGUUUAGAGCACAAUUGUAUUUUAGAUACUGGGGCAUCUUUACUUCAACAAUCUAAGUGCAAUACAUUUAGCCUAAAAGUUGUAGCUAGGUAAACAUAUGGGCAGUGACUAUAGUGUAUACUUUUUGCGCUAAGUGAGGCCGUUCUCGACAUACAAUUGCAAAAAGACAGUAUUACAUUAAUUUCUAUAUACUAAAGCAACUCUCUCCCACAAAAACCCAUGAUCAAUCGAUGAUUUGUUUGUUAGCAAAGUUUUUGUGCCGGACCUUGUGCAUAGUAGCGUGGCUCCUGUAUAUUGGAGGCUACUGACUACAUCACUGUUUUGUUUAUACGAAUUAAAACCUGGUCAAUAUAUAUUUACUUACAUAUAUAGCAUACAGCCUAUCGAAAUAAAUAAAGUUAUAUUUUUAA